AUGGCUCAUCUUUUAGGAAGCAAAGCAUGUAUCGAAAGUUUACAUGUUGACAUCGAUGAUUUACAAAAUGUUGUCUAUGAUAUUAUUUGUAAAACUGGUUCGAUCAAAUGUCAUUCAUGGAAAUUCCCGGAUAAGUUAGCAACUGAUGUUAAUAUCAAAGAAUUGCUGGAACGUUAUCGACAUGGCAAAAAUGAAGUUGAUAAUCAAGUUUCACACAUAAUUUUAUUUGAAAUUAUUAUUGAUAGACUUCUACUUGUUAUUCAUGGUUCAUGGCACUUCCUACACGAAGUUCAAACGAAAAUCUUACCAAAUACUCUCGAUCCAUCAUCGACUAUCGAUCAACAGACUUGUCUUAGUAUUGGGCUAGUCAUAAAGAAAUAUUGGACUAAAUUAGUACAAUUAUUUACAAUUCUUCAGCAGCAUGAGUCUCGUCAUAAACGAUCUAAACCUAUUCCGGUAACAUCGAUCUCUAAUACAUUGACGACCGAUAAAUACUGUCAAACCGUUGACACAUCAUUCAGUCCGUGUUCUUCUUGUUUUCAACUUCAACAAAGUCUUCGUAAUCAUGGUGAUAAUAUCAUAAAUCGAUGUCAUUUGUACAAUUUGCCCUCAACGCUUGCCCAUCAUCGUUGCUCAACAGCAAACAUUCCUGAAUGGUUAUCCGCUACUGAUAUCAUUCAAUGGUUCGAAUUUCAAUCGAAGGACUUUGACUGUCUAUCGAAAUAUGUCGAAACUUUGAAUACCACGCUGAACAAAACAAAGACGGAUUUAGACGCCAGUGAGAAAUUGUAUAAACAACAAAAUGAAACAAAUCGUCGUUUACAACACACGAUCAACGAAUUAAAACAAUCGAAAAAGAUCUUACAGGAGUCGUAUGAUAAUAGAAUCAAUGAAAUGAAGAAACUUCAUGAACAAGAUAAAUUGAACUGUGAUGAACAAAUCAAAGUUUUAAUAACAGAAAAAUUCAAUGUCGAACAACAACUGAAAACAUUGAAUGAGGAAUGUCUUCUGAAAGGCGAACAACUGGAGACAUUAGAAUCGUCGAAAAACGAAUUGAUAUAUCUUAAUGAUUAUCGGAUUAAAUCCGACGAAAUCAUAAAAACAUUUGAACAGGAUCGUAUUCGUUUACAAACAGAAUUAGACGUAGUCAAACGUGAUCUUGAUGAACGCAAUCGUGAUUUACAAAAAGAACGCAUGCGUAUUGAAAACAUGAUUCGACAAGAAGAAAAUCAUCAAUCAAAACAAAAACUAUUGACGAAAUCUUACGAAGAAUUAUCGCAAGAGUGUGAGACAUUGAAAAAACAAGUCAUAGAUUUAGAAAAUCAACGUGAUGAAUUACAGAAAGCGCUUUUAACGAUGUCAAAACAACAUCAAGAAUCGACCUGUGAAACUGUCAAAUUGAAGUCUCUAUUAGAAACGAAUAAUCAUGUAUUGGAGGAAGUUGUUUCUCUAAGAGCAAAUAUCGAACAACUUCAUCAUCAGAUACAUGAACGUGAGCAAAUGUUAUCGAAACAGUCGGAACUAAAUCAACAUCAACAACAAACAAUGCUAAUGUCGGAUGAACUCAUUCAUGAUAUGCAGAACCAAAUGCGUUCUAACGAAGUUCAGAUUGAUUUAUUACGAAAACAGAAUGAUUCGUUCAAAAUUUCUUUGGAUAAUCUUCUGCUCUCAAAUCGUAGCUCUAAUCUAUCCAGAAUAUCAGAAGAAAUUCAAGAUCAAUCACAUCGUCAACCAAAACCCAAACCAACACCAUUAUGGUUAUUAAGCAAUGAAAUUCUUGAACAGCAAGCAUUUACAGAAACUCGACCGGUGAUAUCAGUACCUGGAAACAAUCCUCGUGUUAGUCGAUGGAUUCAGUCUGUAUCAGAUGUUAAUAUAGAAACGUUAUCUCAACGAGUCGAUCAUUCGAAACUAUCAGAUGCCGUUCAUGUUCAACCAACCAAUUUAGUCACUACCAUUGAAUCUCGACCACCCACAGUAACUCGUUCAUCUCGUAAUGUAAAUAAUAUUCGGAAAUUAACUAGUCCUUCGCAGACAAAUCACAACAAAACUCGACCGGCAAGCUCAGGAACGAACCGGUCAUCGAGCGCGCGACGUGAUGUCUCAUCAGCUAAAACGCAACAUCUAGCAUUGAAUGUAAAUCAUCGAUGUUCAAAUUGUAAUACAACGUUUGAUGACAAACGGAAUUACGACAUGCAUAAAUUAUAUUGCAGAACUUAA